AUGACGGCAGGACUUCCAUCAUCCGUGAACUUUGGCGAUGAAGACGAGCCAAAUUUCUUGAGAAAAUUAGCAGACAAGGCCAAAGAGCAACCACUUGUCCCCAUCGGGUCCAUCCUCACGGCAGGCGCAGUGAUAUUAGCAGCAAGGUCAAUGAAACGAGGCGAAAAGAUCAAAACACAACGAUAUUUCCGGUACAGAAUUGGGUUCCAGUUUGCGACAUUGAUUGCAUUGGUGGUUGGAGGUAUGACUUUUGGCGUUGCUACGCAUGAGCAGAAGAAGUCCAAGGAGGAUAUGUUGAGGGAGAAGGCUAAACAAAGGGAGAAAUUGUGGAUAGAGGAGUUGGAGAGAAGAGAUGCCAUCAUUCAAGCUAGGAAGGAGAGAUUGGAACAGUCGAGAAAGGAAUUGAGAAACUUGGCAAAACAGGGAUUCGAUGAGGAGAAAGAUAGUGGAAAAGUAGAUGACUCAGAGUUGGAGAAGGGUAACUAA